GGGAAGGAAUCUACCGGAAGGGCCGAGUCUUUAGAAACGUUGAGAAAGUUCUUGCAAAGAACUGUUUUUACUGAUUAAUAUUGAUUGUAUCAACUCAGAUAAUGAGGUUUUUUAGUUACCUACACACUUGUCUUUCUAUCUUAAUUCUUGGCGGUAUCUCAGCAUUCAAAACUGAUAAGAUUGCAGAUGUGUUAAGACAUUAUGAAACAUUACAUACAGAUGACAUUUUGCAUGCCUUCCAUAAAAGAGAUGCCAGUAAGCAAGAAAAGAUUGUUUCCUUCACAACAUUGAACAGACAUUUCAGACUUCAUUUGACUCCUCACCGUGAGAUCUUUGCUGAUAAUUUUCAUGCCUACUCGAUUGGAGAGGAUAAUCAAAGGAGAGAAGUGACAGUAGAUAAGGGAAACUUUUAUAGAGGUUAUGCUGAAGGUGAUCCAUCAUCUCAUGCCAGUGUUCAUGUUGAGCAUGGAAUCAUUACAGCUUCCAUAGCAACCAAAGAUGAUACUUACAUUAUUGAGCCAGCUUGGCGGCACAUUGAGUCUGGGAAUCAACAUAUGAUUUCAUACCGACAUUCUGAUGUCAAAUCUAAUUUAACAAAUCCUCAAGGUGAUCCUAAGAAGAAACAAUAUAGUUUUUGUGGUCAUGAUUCUCAUCAUUCUCCUGUGCUUUAUACAAAGGAUGGCAAGGCUCCAGACAUGUCAUCUUCAAGAAGGAGACGUGCACUUCCAACAAAAAUAAGGUGUCCUCUGGCUUUGGUGGCUGACUUCAGAUUUUUCAAUGAAAUGGGGCAGAGCUCUAGAAGGAAAACUAUCAAUUAUAUGAUUGGUGUGAUAGACAGAGUGGAUGGCAUUUUUCAAAACACUGAAUGGUCAAAUGAAUAUAAAGGAUAUGGAUUUGAAAUUGAGGAAGUGAUAGUUCACGAGAAACCCACUCAAGGUUUCCAUUAUAACAUGGAGACAGCUGGCAAUAAACCAUGGUCUAUCAAGUCACUUCUGAAUGCAUUCAGUCGAAAUAAGGAAUGGCAGAAGUAUUGUCUUGCACAUUUGUUCACAUAUCAAGAUUUUGCUGAUGGUGUCAUUGGACUGGCUUAUGUUGGAAACCCCAAUAGAAAUGCUGUUGGAGGAAUUUGUACUCAAAGAUACUUCACAAAUAAUACUUGGUUAUACCUGAACACUGGGCUAAGUAGCAGUGUUAACUGGGACAGAAAAUUGCUGACUGAAGAGGCAGACAUUGUUACUGCUCAUGAAAUUGGACACAAUUUUGGGAGUGAACAUGAUCCAGACACAACUGAAUGUGCACCAGCGGAGUCUGAUGGAGGAAAAUUUAUCAUGUAUCCUGCUUCUGUUAGUGGUCAGUGGCCAAACAACAAGCUUUUCUCUCCAUGCAGCAGGCGCAGGAUUGUUAAUGUUCUAAAAUCCAAGUCAGAUUGUUUCAGAGAACCAAGGAAUGAAAUUUGUGGCAACUACAAAAAAGAAAAAGAAGAAGAAUGUGAUCCAGGUGGCAUAGUACCUCAGGACAGCUUGUGUUGUACUAAAGAGUGCAAGCUUAAACCUACAGCUCUAUGCAGUGAUGGCUAUGACAUGCCAUGCUGCAAGGACUGCCUGUAUACCAAUACUACAGGCACCAAGUGUCGCGAUGCUGACCCAACUAACUGUAAAGACAAUACCUACUGUGAUGGCAAGAUUCCACAGUGUCCGCCCGCACCUAGUAUGAGUGACGGCACUAGAUGUAUUGACAGAGGAACGUGCACAAGUGGAGUGUGUAAACCAUUCUGUACUGCCAAGGACCUAAAGCCAUGCAAAUGCUCCAAGGUUGAAGACGCGUGUAAAAUUUGCUGCAAAGGCCUCGGGCAGAACAGCAUUUGUACUCCAUACGUCAGUAAUGACACUGGCACCACAAUAAAUAUCCUUGAUGGUCGAUCUUGCCAGGGCGAAGGACAGCAAGGAAUUUGUGUGCAGGGCAAAUGCGAGAAAAUAACUCAAGACUUGGUGGAGAGAUUCUGGUCUUUCCUAACGACACUGGACAGCAAUAAAGUUGCUCAGUUUAUGAAGGACAACCUGGCUGGCACUGUUGUGGUGUUCUCAUUACUUAUUUGGAUUCCUGCAAGCUGUUAUGUAAAUCGCAUUGACAAGAAACGCGACAAGACAGAAUCUCUUGAAGCAGAAUGGAGAGAUCCUAGGAAUACUCAACUGCUACGCCAACCCAAGCCAACAAGCAAAGGAAAGUUCGUAUACAGACAAGAUUCUAUAAGCAGGUCCUCAAAAGCCGACAAGCCUUACAAAAUCAAGCCAAAAAACAUCAAGACACACAGGACGCCGCAGCUUGAAUAUACAGUUCAGCGGGAAAGUAACUUGUAGAAACUUUAAAACUAACCUGGUGAUUAUCUCGAUAGCGAAUGAUAUACCCGUGGUCACUGCUGUGUUCUUAUAGUGCCAAGGGUUUGUAAUUAGUUAACAUGACAGCACAAAUGAUCAUGUACAUAGGGGUUGUUCACCAAGCUUGUUCGGUCAAGAUGGCUGGAUAUUGGCCAAGAUCUUUUUUGCGUGUUUAUGGACCUCAAUUGCGCCUCUGCCCAUGAACACGCAAAAAAGAUCGAGGCCGAACAAGUUAACACCAUGCUAUGGCGGGAUAGAGUUGACAAGAUCUUGUUCGUUAGGCACAGUGCAGGAUUUGGUUUAUCUUGCCCGUGCCCAAAGUUAGCCAGAUAAUUAUUGUAAGUAGAUAACAAUACUCCUUGUUGUUUCAUGUUCAGAUUAGGCCCCGAAAAAUUACCACAACACUUAAAUACACGCUUCAAAAGUCUAUCAGACGAACCAGUAAAAAAUUUAUUGUAGGUUUUGUGGGUUCUAAUCUAGCAUGGGUUUGCCAUACUACGUUGACUUUUUAGAGCCUUUCUGGAUGAUAAAUAAAGAUAUCAGCGACUAAUAAUCGGUA